AUGCGCUUCGCACUCAUUGUCCUCGCCUUCGCCGUCGUCUUCGUCGCUGCUAGCCCCAGCAUGGACAAGAAGAAGAAGAAGACUGCUCCCCCAGUUGAGGCUCCUGUUGAGGAGACCCCCGCCGAACUUGGUCUUGGUCACAGCUUGGCCACUCACGCGAUCGUCACAUAA